GCUUCAGUUGUCUAUUGACAGUAUCACCAUCUUCACCCCAAGUGGCGUCGAAGAUCCUUGCUUGCAACAAGGUGAAGACACCAGGAGAGACCAAGAAGAGGAGAUAUUGGCUGAUAGUCCGGUUGGACGACAUCCGGGUGAUAGCGACGUCGCACCUCGCAACAGCCCCGGUGAUAGGAUACGCAUAGAGCAGCAGCAGCUCGACGAUGCCGCAAUGGCACUUUGCGAGAAACUUGCUACAGCAACCGCCGGUCCUUGUGCUAAUCUGUUGAAUUUGGCGGAUAUUGUCGUAAGCGGGAAAGUAGAAGACUAUUCCCGUGGGAACUUGCCGACAGCUACUAGUCUUGAAGCUGGUACAAGUGGAAGGAACAAGAGCAGACAUGCCUCGGCAGUGCGGAUGGGAGCACAACGGAACAAAAGCUGUGCCAAUGCGGAUCGAGAGGAGAAACCUACUUCUUCACACGUUGACGCCAAAAUGAAUCGUCCUCCAACCUCAUCUAUUGGUUAUUUUCCCGUGCUCCUAGGGCUAGGACACGACGAACAAGAAGAUCAUGAUGCUGUCGUGGUCAACCACACGCAACAACUAGGCCAAUUUUAUCGUACACCAGUUUUACCCGGACCUUUGCGUCGAAGAGCGGCUAUUGAUGAAAAAGCGUUAGCGCGCGGAGGAAACAACGCUUUAGUUCGCGACAAAAAAUU